GCCGCCGACCAAUUCGCCCUCGAACGACUACCCCCCCUUCAACCACCCGCGUCCUCGGCCGUUUCUUUCGCCAAUUCACCACCCAGAAACGCAAACAUGGCUGCUGUCCAGGGAGCUAUUUCGAAGCGCCGCAAGUUCGUCGCCGACGGUGUCUUCUAUGCCGAGUUGAACGAGUUCUUCCAGCGCGAGCUGGCUGAGGAGGGCUACUCCGGUGUCGAAGUCCGUGUCACUCCCACCGUCACCGACAUCAUCAUCCGUGCCACCCACACCCAGGAGGUUCUCGGUGAGCAGGGUCGCCGCAUCCGCGAGCUCACCUCCCUCAUCCAGAAGCGCUUCAAGUUCCCCGAGAACUCCGUCUCCCUCUAUGCCGCCAAGGUCCAGAACCGUGGUCUCUCCGCUGUCGCUCAGUGCGAGUCUCUCCGCUACAAGCUCCUGAACGGUCUUGCCGUCCGCCGUGCUUGCUACGGUGUCCUCAGAUUCAUCAUGGAGAGCGGUGCCAAGGGUUGCGAGGUUGUCGUUUCCGGAAAGCUCCGUGCUGCCCGUGCCAAGUCCAUGAAGUUCACUGACGGAUUCAUGAUCCACUCCGGUCAGCCCGCCAAGGAGUUCAUCGACAGCGCCACCCGUCACGUUCUCCUCCGCCAGGGUGUCCUCGGUAUCAAGGUCAAGAUCAUGCGCGGUUCCGACCCCGAGGGCAAGGCCGGCCCCCAGAAGACCCUCCCCGACUCCGUCACCAUCAUCGAGCCCAAGGAGGAGCAGCCCAUCCUCCAGCCCGUCAGCCAGGACUACGGUGCCAAGGCUCUCGCUGCCCAGCAGGCCGCCGAGCAGCAGCGUCUGGCCGAGCAGCAGGCCGCCGAGGGCCAGGAGGGUGCUGCCCCCGCCGAGGGCUUCGCUCAGGAGUAAAAGAAAAUCGUUGGAUUUCCCCUUCCUCUUUUUUUCUUCUCUUGUUAGGCCCUCUGCUCUUUCUUUUUUCUUCGUUCCUGUCCGACCUACCUAUAUCAUCUCUCUUACCUGACGCAAAUAAACAACUUCAUGAUUCCAAAUCUUCGAUGAGCGCCCAGAAAAAAGAAGACCCUUGUUUAUUUUCUCCUCCCUUUUUCCCCUUUCGCUCUCAAGUGUCCGUGGGGUUUCUCCCGGUGGCUCUGGCGGAAGAAGGGCGUCAGGAUAUCUCGUCUUCUAGGAGACCCCACCCUCUCAUGUCCUUAAUUACCACUCUCAAAUACUCCCUCCCCCUUGAGUCGAUAUGACCUAGGUAGGAAAGACAGAAACAAGAAAGGAAAAGAAAAAAAAGUCAAAAUUCAUGCCCGAAACGAG